GAUCUAAACGAUCAAUGGGAGUCGCUUGCGUGUGCCAGGUGCCUGUGGCGGAGGGGAAGAGUGUGCAGCAGACAGUGGACCUCCUGCACAAGAAGCUGGAGCAGCUGGGUGCUGUGAAGCAGGGCAGCUUCUGUGUGGACUGUGAGACAUACCAUGCCACAGGAAAUGUCAGCGGUCAGCCCUCCAAGCUCUUGUACGUGAUGCACAACUCUGAAACCCCCCUGAGCUGCCUGGCUCUGUUUGAAGGUGGACCCUGCCUGGUAGCAGACGCAAACUUCGACGUCCUCAUGGUGAAGCUGAAAAGUCACUUCCAGAACGCGAAGGGACACAAGGUGGAGUGUCGUGGUUCGAGAUUUCGCUACUGUGACUUCUUGAUAAAAGUCGGCACUGUGACGAUGAGCUCCAGCGCCAGAGGGAUUUCAGUAGAAGUGGAGUACUGUCCCUGUGUGGUUCCAGGGGACUGCUGGAACCUCAUGAAGGAGUUCAUGCAGUCCUUCCUCGGCACCAGCGUCCCUGAACUGCCAUCUGUGUUUGCUGCCAAGCCUGAGGGGCUUUUUGCACCGGCAGACUGCGUUGACACAGUGACUCAGUACUUAGAGCUGUUUAACAAGCUUCGUAAACUGCAAAUCCCCGGUAGUAACGUGCGCUGAGUGUAUUUUUUUCCCCUUACAUUUGUUUUGAUCUUUGUGUUAUUUCUGGUCCUGUGGAUCAGAUUGAUAUCAGGCAUAUUUGAAAUUCCAGCAUCUAUAUUUGUAUUUCUAGAGCUUCGGUUUUCCAUUCCACUACUUGAUGAGUGUGUUUAAUAUUAAAGACAGAAAGUGGAGAACAGAA